UAUUAGCUAUCAGCUGUUUUUCAUUAUUUUACAAUUCAGAAUAUCGCGCUGCUAAACUCGAGAUCGGAAAUAUUUACAUAAUAGGCAACGUAAAAACCUAGGCAAUGGCAUUGUUUGAAAUGAAGUGGCUGCGCCGUUUCGUACGUCGCCACACAAAUCCGAUACCGGAGCAUCGUGCCGAUUUGUGGAAGCGCCGCUUAAGCAUUGGCUAUGCAAUACUGGCAUGGCAAGCGUUUGGCUUCGUGUGCUACAUGGCCUUCACCGGUCGCAACGACUGGGCCAAACACUAUGGCUACAAAUCGGAGGAGGAUCUAGCUCUGUCACCGGCACAGCAAUUUGCCAAGCAUAUUAAAGUAGAAGGCUCCGGAAAAAUUAUACGUCUAUCAGGAUUUUCCAAAGUGGAGGAGGUACCCUUCGACUCAAACACCAUAGAGCGGGUGAAGGACUGAGCAUGUCUGAUAAUUUAGUUGGUAAUUUAUCUAAUGUAAUGUGUUUUUUUUUCUGUUGCAAAAUAAACUUAACAAAACUAGUCUA